AUGAAGCAGCCACCGUGUUUUGAAGAUCCAGACAAACCUGAUUAUGUGUGCAAGCUCAAGAAAGCCAGUUAUGGUUUAAAACAGGCUCAUAGAGCUUGGUUUGAUAAGUUCAGUCUGUUCCUCAUUGAUUUUGGGUUUGUCUGCAGCUUUCCUGAUCUGUCAUUGUUUGUCUAUCACAGAGGAUCAGAUGUCAUCUUCCUUCUUCUAUACGUUGAUGACAUGAUUGUCACUGGAAACAAUGAAGUAUUGAUACAGAGUCUUCUAAAGAGUUUGAAUACUCAAUUUCGUAUGAAGGACAUGGGUGAAGUUCAUUAUUUUCUCGGCAUACAAAUUCAUCGUGUUCAAGAUGGGUUGUUUAUGAAUCAAGAGAAAUACACUCAAGAUCUUCUAAUCACAGCUGGAAUGGCAGAUUGUGCUCCAAUGCCUACUCCUUUACCCUUGAAGCUUGAUAACGUCAGUGGUCAGGAUGCACUCUUCUCUGAUCCGUCUUACUUUCGCACUCUAGGAGGUAAAUUGCAAUAUUUGACUAUCACAAGGCCAGAUCUCAAGUUCUCUGUUAACUAUAUUUUUCAGAGGAUGCAUAUGCCAAGUCAAGAAGAUUUCUCUUUGUUGAAGCGCAUCCUGCGGUAUGUCAAAGGCACGUACAACAUGGGCAUAAGCAUGACUGCAGGAACAGACUCCACCUUGGUCUCCUAUAGUGACAGUGACUGGGCCGGAUGUAAAGCCACAAGACGUUCCACUGGCGGUUUGUGUACACUUCUUGGUUCCAAUGUCAUCUCAUGGUCCGCUAAGAGGCAUGAUACAGUCUCCAAAUCUUCAACCGAAGCAGAAUAUAGGACUAUGUCGGAAGCAGCUUCUGAUAUUGUAUUGUUACAGAACCUACUUCGGGUGAUGGGUCUUCAACAACAGAUAGCCCCGUUGCUGUAG